GUAAGACCAAACAUCAGCUGUUGGCAAAACAUUAAUGACGUUAUUUACAGCUUAAAUUUUGCUAAUAUUUUAAUUGUAUUUUUUUUGUAAAUAUAUUGUAUUCUCGUAUCUUGUAAUUCGUAAAGCGAAGAUGAAUCGCUUUGAAUAUGUAGAAGCACGAUUGCAUGAUGAUGAAACCUUUGUGAGUCGUGACAGGAAUGUUAAAAUUUAUGAUGGGGAUCACAAAACGGAAUAUGAAGAAGGGGAGGUUGUUCUCACUACCCAUCGUCUAUUUUGGGGCCGUCCAGGUGAAAUUGCUCGUGCUGCCACAACACUUUGCCUUUCCCUACGACAUGUGAUAUCGCUUAGUGAAGAAACAGCCAGUUCAUACUUUUUUGGACGCAAGACCCGUUAUAUAUUAUAUUUGCGGGAGCCCCCGCCAGAUAAAGCACCUGGCCCAAUAGAUCACAGUCCUCAUAGUCAUAUCAAACUAUCGGGAAAAAAUGGAUUGACACAAGAAUUCGGAAGUGCUUUACGUCAAACAAUCGAAGCUAGAAUAUGGGAAGUGUUAGUAAUACCGAAACCAUUUUCAGUGGCAAGUAAUUCACAAAAUUCAAUUGGUGGUGACAAUCCAGCACAAUUACGUUUGAAAAUGCGUACUGGCAUUGGUGGUAUUGAGCGUUCCAUUGAAGCUAAAGCGAAAGAAACAGAUGACAAUAUAGCUUUGGCUUUUCAGGAUCUUAAUGUACUAAUGGCAAUGGCAAAAGAUAUGGUAGCCAUAUCAAAGGUGAUAAGUACAAAAAUACGCGAACAAAAAGGAGAAAUAUCUGACGAUGAAACAGUGCGUUUUAAAUCUUAUCUGUUGAGCUUGGGUAUUGAAGACCCAGUGACGCGAGAGAAUUUCAGUAGCAAUUCGGAUUAUUUUCGUAGCUUGGCGCAACAAAUAUGUGAACUGCUUUUGGAUCCUAUCGAGGAACAAGGUGGCAUGAUGUCGCUGGCCGAUGUGUAUUGUCGUGUAAAUCGUGCACGAGGCCUUGAACUACUUUCUGCGGAGGAUUUGCUACACGCCUGUCAACAACUGAAUGGUCCGAUAAAGCUAAGAAAAUUUCCCAGUGGGGCAAUGGUAUUGCAAUUAGAAUCGCAAGAUGAUGAACUAGUAGCAGCUGAUACAUUGGAAAAGGUGAAAAUGUCAAAAUCAUUAGCUGUCGAGGAACUGGCUAAAGAACUAGGUAUUUCAUUGUUGUUAGCAAAAGAGCGUCUACUUGCUGCUGAACGCUUAGGUAAAUUGUGCCGCGACGAAUCAAUAGAAGGCUUACGCUUCUAUCCGAAUUUGCUAUUAUACCGAGAUAGUUAAAAGACGAUUCCUUUUGUAGAAUAAAGUAGAAAAGUGUGUAUUGAAUAAUUAAUUUGUGCGUAAAAACAUAAAAGUAAAUAAACUUGCAAAGCUUUCAUAUA